UGUCCAAGGCCCAGGGACAUUCGGCCUUUCAAAAGCCCAAGCAGCAAAUAAACAAACGAUUUCUUCAUAACACGAUGAUCGCCACUUUGAGUCAGAAUAAGAGGAAUCGAACCCUCACCAACCCGAUGAUGAAACAUUGACCCUCUUCAUGGAAAUCCGAAUCGAAAACAAGUUUGCUCAGUUGCAAGUUGAGUCUGAGCCUCGCGAGAGCCUCGGACACCCGGAGAACAUGGAUGGCUUGGUCCAUGACUUGCAUUCGGCGCUAGAAGAGUCUACCCUAGGUGGGCCUGAGGAUUUGAUGGAUUUAACAUUGGCCAAUCUCGAGAAGAAAUCAAAGGAACUAGUCAAUGGGGGUCAAUCCCGGAGGCGUACAUGGCGUAGACGAUGCAAGUCGACUAGCAAUCUCACACAAAUAGGCUCAUCGAGUCAAACUUCCAAAGGCUUGCCCAGUGAAGACUCCACUAGCACCGAAGACGAGGAGGAUGAACAGCAGCAGCAGCAGCAGCAGGAACAACAACAACACCUGCCGAGCACAAGUAACACUGGGCGUGUCAUCAAAGAGCGAGGGAUUUUAGGUCAGCAGCAAACAGAUUCGGAUGAAAUGGGUCCACCCAGAUCCUCUCUGGUAAUCCGACCUCGAGAUCAAGUUAUUAGAAAGAAACGCUCCACUGAUCCACUUCCUUCGUCUAACUCCACAUUUUUGGCCAAUAAGGGUAAUUUGCCAUUAGAAUCUGACUCUGUCAAUGACAACGUUUCAACCUUGCGACCAAACACAAAACGGAAACGAAAGUUUAAGCGAAUGGCUUUAGAUCCAAAUCCGGUUGAAGUGCAACUUUCAGCGAGCAAAGCGACACCCGUGUCCAACCCAAGGGCCGAUGGAGUGUUGAUUAAAAGGCCUAAAGUAAAAUCUGAUCUUCCUGGAUCAAUGAUUACGGCAAAAUCAAAGAUCUCAGCCUUUAGGAGUCCUAACUCAAUGAAUGGUCCAUUCGCCGUGGGAAAGCGAAAACGUGGAAAUCGAGAAAAAUCCUUAGAGCCCGAUCAUUUAUCCGCCAAGUCCUUCGAACCUAUUGAUACGCAAGCAAGUACCAGUGUAUACCGAUCCCCCGAUAUUCGGCUCGAGUCCAUGGAUUGUGACGAUGACAACCUCGAGGAUGAAGACAAACGAAGCUCCAGCAGUUUGAGUAGUUCCGAAUGGGAGGACGACGUUCAAACGGAUUGUGGCGAUACUGGCCGAGAGGCCGACGAUGAACAAUCGGAUUGGCCCGGAUCUGAGACUUCAUUCAUGAGAGCUCGACGUGCAAGGGUUGGAUUACAGGGGCUGAUUAAUCUGACGGAUCAAGAAGAAGAAGACGACGACGACGAAGAUGAGGAUGCUUUAAAUUCCUCUUUAGAUGCCUUCUUUUACAUGAAAGAAGGCAUCGAUGGACAAAUGCCGCUUACUCAAACAGCGAGACAAACAUACAUGGCCAGAAUGAAGCGUCUGGCUGAAUGCGUGCCCGGACGUGAAAUUCGGGCUGGCACCCGCAAAGUCAGAGGCCGUCAAUCGGGUUUCACGAUAAAGUCUUCCUCUAGUGAACAACUCUCGCGAUUUCUUCAAGAUUCGAACCGCUCCGAACUCAAGCUCUCUUUAUUUCGUGUCUCGGAUAGGAACAAGGUGAUCCAAAUGGCCAACCUGUAUUCACUUUCGGUUCGCCUUGAUGGGGAGAAUGUAAUAAUUUUGUCAAAAACUGGCAAGACGGUCAGACUAAAGGAAUUUCCAGUCCCUCUUGCGCCGCCAAUGGAAUCGACUGACUACAAACGAAGGCGGUGCACGCCACCUAAUAGCCCUUUGCUGGAGGGUUCAUCAACGUCUAAUGAGCCCACGUUGUCUCCACUCCAAAGUGAUGUCGUCAUGAACACCCUAUCAAGUGUUCCUCAGAGUACACCGCCCUGUACGCCUUCCAAAUCCCGUGUAACCACCCAGCAGCGAUCGAAAAGCCCUACUUUAGGUGUAUCAAAAAGUAGAAAGGUCAAAGAAAAAUUUCUUGGAAGUGUAUCAAACUGAUAGCCGCCUGACUAUUUGAAUAUGCUUCACUGGUGAAGAAGAGAGUGGUGAUAAAGGGCCAAAUUGAUUUGUUAGGAUUGUUGGAUUAUACACUUAUCCUAAGAAAGUUUCGGUGCGUAAAUUUCGCCGGUGGGUUUUAAUCAAUCCAGUCCGUAGUAUCCAUGAUUGUGCUACAAGUCGGCAUCCUUUACAUAUGUAAAUGCGCUCUUAGAUACAAACAGACUCUCCAGAAGUUUUAAAAAUAUAGUUUUAAAAAUGUUUUAUCAAUAAAAUCGUUACAUCUCAA